AUGGCCUCCACACCAAGACGCCUCUGCGACGACGAAGUCUCCGAGAUCCUCUCCUUCCUCCCAGCAAAAUCCAUCAUGAAGCUCCGAACCCUCAGUCGGAACCUUCUGCAAUGCUCCACAUGCGACCACUUCCUCCUUACACAAUCCCACCACACCAAAGCCGACUCCGGCUUCUUCACUCAGCCAUACUCCGGCCUUCUCAACCUCACUCCCCUCGACCCCAAUGCCGGCAUACCCAGUGAAAACCUUCACUUCUUGCGGCGCACCCAAAGGGUCGUCCUCGCCUCAGCUAAUGGUCUCCUAUUCUGCUCGAACCAGUCUAGAAGCUUAAGCAGCUUGUGUGUGUACAAUCCCGUGCAUCCCAUCGCCACGCUGCGCUUCAUCCCGCCGCCGACGACCGGCGAAGAAUACCACAACCGGUCAUGCAUCGCCGUCGCCGUCGACCCGAUGUCGAGAGACUACAAGCUGGUGUGCCUCACAACGACGCCGGAGUGGUCCUCGUUUUACCGGUGCAGGGUCUACGUUUCAGCAGACAAUGCAUGGAAGUUCGACAGGAUGGUAGACGGAGGUCCGAGAAAUCUGCAACUGGAGUAUCCGGUUAUUUGCGACGGGGCAGUGUACGUGGCUUCCACUUGUGGGACCUACAUGCGUACGGGUCCGUACAUUGUCCGCUUCGAUAUCGAAGGGGAGGGCUCCGAGAUUCUUCCGAUGCCGGUGGAGGCAAUGAAGACGUCUGCUUACGGCCAUGAGGCUAAGAUUGGAAGGUGGGGUGAGAAAUCUUUGUGCUUGAUAACUUGCGAGGGUUCUUCGAUUUUUAAGCUGUGGGUGAUGUCUCGGGAUCAAGGGAACAUAACAUGGGCCGAAAUAUAUCGAGUUAGCGUGAUGGAAGUGGGGAUUGCAAGCCCGGGAGAGGUGGACGCGUUUAUAUUGAUCAAUAGCGACACGCUGGUUUUUGGGAUGAAUGGGUGUAUGUAUAGCUACAGUGUCAAAGAACGAGCGUUGAAGGAGUUGCAAGAAGACUACCCAUCGGGAUAUCCGAUUUUGAUUCCGUAUGCGAACUCCCUACGGCCCUGCUGA